GCGAUCAUACCGUCUUGUUGAUCUACUAUAUAGGUGUCUGUUUAUUAUUUCUCCUAUAGCUUCACGUUUGGUUUGAUAGUAUUUUGUCCCACACCAGGCCGACAAACCAUGGCUCGCAACCAGCCCAACCCCCCGACGCUCAUUUCCUCCCUCAUAACCAGCUUUAUAUUUAUCUACUCGAUCAUCAUCCCCGCGGUCUCCGCAGCGACCUGCAACGGACAAUCGGCCUACUGCGACCGCAAAUACUCGAACAUCACGUACCUCGGCGCGCACGACAGCCCCUUCGUGGGCCCUCUCCCACAACAGAACCAGAACCUCAAUGUAACCGCGCAACUCGACUUCGGCAUCCGCUACCUCCAGGGCCAGACACACAAGGUCGAAGUCGACGACGCCAUCCGCCUGUGCCACACCUCCUGCCUGCUCGAGGACGCCGGGACGCUAGAAGACUUCCUCGUCACGGUCAAGACGUGGCUGGAAAGCCACCCAGACGAGGUGUUGACGCUGCUCCUGACGAACGGCGACGGCCUGCCGGUGUCCAAGUUCGACGAGACCUUCACUGACGCCGACAUCAAGAAGUAUGCGUUCGUGCCGGAGCCGUCCUCGGAGACGCUGCCCAUCGGGUCGUGGCCGACCUUGCAAGAGCUGAUCAGCAAGGGGAAGCGGCUCGUGGUUUUUCUAGACUAUGGUGCCGACGUCAGUACCGUCCCUUAUAUCCUCGAUGAGUUCGCGUACUACUUCGAAACUCCGUUCGGCGUGACCGACAAAACAUUUCCGAACUGCAGCAUCGACCGGCCUCCCGGUGCCAGUGCUGAGGGGCGCAUGUAUGUCGUUAACCAUUUUCUGGAUGUGGAUAUCCUAGGAGUCCUGAUUCCCGACCGUCUUCGUGCUCCGAAGACCAAUGCUGUUUCUGGAGAAGGGAGCAUUGGAGCCCAGACCGAGCUUUGUCGCUCCGAACAUGGCCGAUUGCCCAAUGUGAUUUUGGUGGACUUUGUCGAUCAGGGCCAGGUGAUGAAGGCAGAGAAACAGAUUAACGGAGUUUGAUGCCCGCUUUUGGAUUAAAUGGUUUUAGACGAUACCUCUGGAUGUCGAUUUUCCCGUCACUGGUGGCCAAUUAUUACUCUAACAUUGUUUGAUCGUCGAACUAUAUAUAGAUCAAUCGCAAUCAUGAAUACCCAAGUACAC